CCCGCGGGCCCGCCCACAGAGGGCCGGAGGCGGGGCGGUGCCCCACCGUGAGCGCGCGGCGCCCCCUGCAUGCCAUAGGCGGCGACACACCGACUCUCCGCCUCCUCAAAGCAUCGCGAGAUUCAGCGGUGCAGCUGCGAUGGCGGCGGCAUUUGAAGCCCCAGUGGCUUUAGCUAGCGAGGACCCCGCUAUGUCGGCGGAAUGUGUGGCCGCACAAAUGUCGGCACCCGAAUCAGCCCCCGAGCCCGUGCGAAGCCUGCGGACAGCUCACGAUCUCGGUGGUCCACGGACCCGCACGGGGGACGUGCUGCUGGCGGAGCCGGCGGACUUCGAGUCGCUGCUGCUGUCUCGGCCGGUGCUGGAGGGGCUGCGGGCGGCCGGCUUCGAGCGGCCCUCACCGGUGCAGCUCAAGGCUAUUCCUCUGGGGCGCUGCGGGCUCGAUUUAAUUGUUCAAGCCAAGUCGGGAACUGGGAAAACCUGUGUAUUCUCCACUAUUGCUUUGGACACUCUUAUUCUUGAAAACUUAAGUACUCAGAUUUUAAUCUUAGCUCCCACAAGAGAAAUUGCUGUACAGAUACAUUCUGUCAUCACAAGCAUUGGAAUAAAAAUGGAAGGCUUAGAAUGUCAUGUCUUUAUUGGUGGGACUCCAUUAUCACAAGAUAAAAGCAGACUAAAAAAGUGUCAUAUUGCUGUUGGAUCUCCUGGUAGAAUUAAACAACUGAUAGAACUUGACUAUUUGAACCCAGGGAGUAUACGUCUCUUCAUUCUUGAUGAAGCAGAUAAGCUUUUAGAAGAAGGCAGCUUCCAGGAGCAAAUAAAUUGGAUUUAUUCUUCCCUUCCUGCUAGUAAGCAGAUGUUGGCAGUAUCAGCUACUUACCCUGAAGUUUUGGCUAAUGCUUUGACAAAGUACAUGAGAGAGCCCACUUUUGUGAGAUUAAAUUCUAGCGAUCCAAGUCUCAUAGGUGUGAAACAAUAUUACAAGGUUGUCAAUUCAUAUCCUUUGGCCCAUAAGAUCUUUGAGGAAAAGACUCAGCAUUUGCAGGAACUGUUCAGCAAAAUUCCAUUUAAUCAAGCAUUAGUUUUUUCUAAUUUGCAUAGCAGAGCACAACAUUUGGCUGAUAUCCUUUCUUCUAAAGGUUUUCCUGCUGAGUGCAUUUCAGGCAACAUGAAUCAGAAUCAGCGUCUUGAUGCUAUGGCUAAACUGAAGCAGUUUCAUUGCAGAGUCCUCAUUUCCACAGAUUUGACAUCUCGUGGGAUUGAUGCUGAGAAGGUGAAUUUGGUUGUAAAUCUGGAUGUGCCACUGGAUUGGGAAACAUACAUGCAUCGGAUUGGCAGAGCUGGUCGUUUUGGAACUCUGGGACUGACAGUGACCUACUGCUGCCGAGGAGAGGAAGAAAAUAUGAUGAUGAAAAUUGCCCAGAAAUGUAAUAUCAACCUUCUCCCUUUACCAGAUCCCAUUCCACCGGGUCUGAUGGAAGAAUGUUUGGAUUGUGAUGUUGAGGUUAAGGCUGCUGUGCAUACAUAUGGCUUAGCAACUGAACCUGCCCAGCCAUUGAAAAAACAAGUUAAAAAAAUAGAGAGAACCAUUCAAACUCAGAAAACUCAUGGUAACCACAUGAUUUCCUCUAGAAAUAGUUCUGUAUCUGCCCACUCAGUCAGAUCAAAAAGUAAUACCAAACCAAAGCUUCUGCUGAAAAGCCACUCAGAGUGUAGAGUCAUAGAAGAAGCAGUGUCACCAAAAGAACUGGGCUGUGCCAUACAACUAGAAGAGCAAAUGAAGAAUUCUGUUCAGUCACCUGUUGAAAACUCCACUAACAGUCACCAGCAGGCUAAAGAAACUUUACCUGUUUCACUCCCCAAAAUCCCUUGUCUGUCUUCGUUUAAAACCCAUUUGCCAUGCACUUUGACUUUCUCAGAACUGAUAGAAGAUUAUGAACAUUACAUUAAAGAGGGCUUAGAGAAACCUGUGGAAAUUAUCAGGCACUACACAGGUCCUGGAGAUCAAACUGUGAAUCCUCAAAAUGGCUUUGUGAGGAAUAGAAUUACUGAAGAGAGAGUGCAGAUACUGGCAAAUAGUAGCCAAUCUGGAGACUCUGAGAGUGAUAGUGAUUCUUACAGCUCAAGGACUUCUUCCCAGAGUAAAGGCAAUAAAUCAUACUUGGAGGGUUCUUCUGAUACUCAGCUGAAGGACUCAGAAUCUGUUCCUAUACAUGGCCAUGUCUCUUUGGAACAAACUCAGAAUGGAAAUGGCACCCCCAAUCUCGUAGAAUAUCAUGGAUCACCUGAAAUCCAAACAAACUCAAGGCAUAAAGAGGGGGCUAACCAGAAAAGUAAGCAGAGCCGGAGAAGCCUUCCUAGACGGUCUUCUUAUCGAUUACGGACCGAGUCCCAGGAAGAUGGUUGGUAUGACUCUCAUAGAGAAACAAUUCCAGGUUUUUCUGAUACCUAUCAGGAUUACGAAGAGUAUUGGAGAGCUUACUACAGGGCAUGGCAGGAAUACUAUGCUGCUGCUUCUCAGUCAUACUAUUGGAAUGUUCAGAGGCAUCCGAAUUGGAUGGCAGCCUAUCACAUGAAUACUGUUUAUCUUCAAGAAAUGAUGCGUAGCAACCAGUGAUAGCAAGACAUACCUCAGACCAUCAGGAAACAUCAACUAGGGAGACAUUUGGACAACCAUCCUCCUUGACCUAAAGUAGAGUGACAUAUGGCAAUUUUUAAGAACUAAAAAGAUCCUGAGACUUUCUGCUACGACACAUCUAUUUUUCAGUUUGCUUUGAUUUAGACCAGUCAUAUCUUCUAUAAAGAAAUUUCCUAGAUGUGAUUCUUGAGAGCAUUUUUAAGACACAGAACUUAAAGGUUUCAGAGUGCCAUUUCCUAUAACCAUUUCAAAAGGAACAUUUAAAAGACCACUGCUUAAGAAAAAAAUAAAAACAGUUGAAACUUGACAAUUUUUUUUAUACUGUGGAGUUCUUUAUAGAAGUCUUGAGUUGCAUUUCUAUAGAAGAGCAUUAUUAGAAAUUAGCAUGGUUGAUCAGAAAUUAUCUUCCUUUCUUGUGAGACAGGAAUAAACAUUGCUUCUGACUUUCCCAAAGA